AUGCUGACUCUCCUAGUGGCGGUUGUGUUGGCGCUGGCGGAGACUUCCCUCGCAGCGACCGUGGGCGUCGGCGUGGUCCCCGGGUCCCCAGCGGCGGCGGCGGCAGCGGCGGCCAUCGGCCGACGGGCCGUGGGGGUCGGCGUCGUCCCCGGGACCACGGUGGUGACCGGCGGGGCGCCGGCAGUGCUCAGCCCCGGCGGGGGCGUCACCACCAUCGUGAAGCCCGCCCAGCUGCCUGUGAUCCCGCAGUACGCGCGCACCUUCGGCUCCUUCUCGGGCGCGCUGUCCGGCUACAUCCGCGACCAGUGGGAGAACCGCGACGGCUCGUUCGUCCGCGGCGGCUACUCCCUGGUGGACGCCGACGGCUCCCUGGUGGUGGUGGAGUACUCGUCCGACCCCAUCAACGGCUUCCGCGUCAUGGUGAAGCGCAGCGGCUUCGCCGACUACUUCCUGGACUCCGUCGUCCUGGGCGGCCCGCUGCCCGGCGGCUACCUGCCGCCGUUCUACAGUGACUACGGCUUCGACUACAGCGACGACUACUACGGCUACGACUACGACGCCUACUACGGCGGCCUCGACUACGACCUGGACUUCGUGCCGUCCUACUACAGCAGCCUGGACUACGACACGUACGCGCCGACCUACCUCGACUCCUACGACUACGACCUCGACCUGGACUACCGCCGGCGCCGGCGUCGCUCCGCCGCGUCCUCCUCCUCGUCGUCGUCGUCCUCGUCGUCGGCGUCCUCAUCGCGGUCCUGACUCUCGCGCCGACUGAUGCAAGCACGGACAGGGCGCGAGGGCCGGGCCGCUUUGCGAUCCCAGUCCCGGUCUCAUUUCCAAACGGUCCAGCGGGUUGCGUGGCGGGGCCAUGGGCAGAGCCAUGGGCAGAGCGCCGCCUCAAGCCGCC